UCAUAGGUCACCAACGAAUUCAAAGUCUCCUAAUCCUAAACCAUUUGAUGAUCGCAUCAAAGAUGGUUCCACUAAAAAAACACGUCGUAGUCGAACUGAACCAAGAGAAGCCAGUGCUUCAUCACGAAAAAAUACUCAUUCUAAAGGAAGAACCAUUUCAUCGCAUCGUAAUCAUGAAUCAAAAUCAAGUGCUUGUUCACAAAAUGACAGUGAAUCAUGUCAGUCAUCAACUUAUGCUUCACCAAUUAUUCAUAAAAAUUUAAAUUAUGAAUCAUUAUUGUCAAAAACACUAACAACAGAUAAUGAUCAAUACAAUAUGGAUGAUAAUGUUUUUAUUAAUGAUUUAAUUGGAAAAGUUGAGAAUAAUACACCAAGACAAAUUAAUGAAGAACCAUGUCAAAUUGAGUAAGUGUUAUGAAUACAUGUCAAAACAACGUCAAUUGAUAUUGUUGAGGUAUUACGA